CAGACAUAAACCCUUACUAGAAACAACCAAUUGACUAAAAUAAGAACAGUAUUUUACCAAUUUGAAUGUUCUGAAAUGGGGUUUUCUUUGGUGGGUUCAUUUGGUUCUCAUGUUUGGUUGAAGAAUUCUUGUCAUAAGACUGUAAAGUUUCAAACUUCAAGUGGGAAAAAGAGGUUCAGUGUUAAAUUUACUUCAAAGUUUAAUUCUUGCCCAGGAAGAGCUUCAGCUUUGCUCUGUAAGAGUGAGGUGGUUGACUUUGAAGAGAGAACAAGCCCUCUUGAGGUUAGAAAAGAGAUAGAACAAUGCUACGAACUCAUACACCGAUUGGGGAGGGGAGUUGUGUACUUGGGUUCUUCAAGGAUGGGACCUGAUCAUCCACAUCAUGUACAAGCUCUGGAGUUGAGUAGAGAGAUUGCUAACCUCCUGGACUGCACCACAUGGUCGGGGGCAGGUCCUGGGCUCAUGGAUGCUGUGACCAAAGGUGCUAUGCAAGCAGGAAAGCUAGUUGGUGGACUUAAAAUAGAUAAAGAAGCAGCUGAAUGGACAGCCUCUAAAUUUCAUACCUACCUACCUUCAGAAUCAUAUCUGACUUGCAGGUUUUCCUCUGCAAGAAAGCAUUGUAUGGUGGAUGCUGUAGUUAGGAAUAGCAGCUCUGUUAGAACUGCAGUAGUCGCUCUCCCUGGCGGGAUUGGUACACUAGAUGAGAUGUUUGAGCUGGAAAGGAUUGGAUCAGAGCUUCCAGUUCCUUUUCUUGUGAUGAAUUACGACUCGUUUUAUGGGAAGCUAUUCGGGUUUCUUGGUGAUUGUGAAAAUUGGGGUACUUUAGAAUCAUGUCUGACUUGCAUAAUUCAACAAAGAGUUUCAUAAUUCAAAUCAUACAUUGUAUUGUAACCGUAUCGAAACAAAACAACAAUCAAAUCAUAAGUUCAAUGUCUAAUUAAUAAUCCAAUUACUCAAAGUUUAAGUAAAGAAAAUUAUAGCCUGAAUCCUGGUCUCGCCUCUGCCUAACAGGCAACCGGUGCUCAGCCGCUCAUAGUAGUGUCGACGGAGGCUGGGGAAGGUGCACGGUUGCUGCCCAUGAUGGAAAACAAGUCGCCGGUAGCUGGAGUGGUUGUUUUGUGGAUAAGGGAGAACCCAGGUGAGCUGGGAAGUUGAACGGUUGGUUGAAGACGAAGAGACACGUCGGCAGCCGAGGAUUCUGGCGGUGGUUCACGGCGGCGGAUGGUGAAAGACAAAAAGUGGCCGGAAAAACGAAGAAUCGUGGCGGCGCAAAUGGUGAUGAAUGGAAACCGUGGCGGAUCUUCAAGGAGAUGAUGGAGGUGAUGGCCGAUCGGAGUUUUGGUAGAAGAAGGGUCGCCGGAGAUGGUCGAAAUCCAGUGGAGAUGAGCAAGGGUUUGGGUCUUGGGCGGCUGCUUU